CUGCCGCGCCGUGCCCCGUCACCAUGGCACCACGAUUCGGAUUAACCCCUGCACAUGUGCCGAGUCAACCGUGGGGGUCUGCCUCUUUUAUAUUUAUCUACACUCAAGAGCUGACAGUCAAGAUGACGGCCAUCGAGAGCAAAGAGGAGAUCAGUGACACGGACAGUGGGAUUAUUUUACAUUCUGGUCCUGACAGUCCCACAUCCCCUGUGAAAGAGCUGAACACCAACACCAGAGCCCUGAAGCUCAAACACCAGUCCCUGGAGGAACGUCUGGAGCUCUGUCUGCUGGAGCUCAGGAAGCUCUGCAUCAGGGAGGCUGAGCUAACAGGAAAACUGCCCACAGACUAUCCUCUGAUGUCAGAUGAAAAGCCUCCCCGGGUCAGAAGGAGGAUUGGAGCAUCCUUCAAGCUGGACGAAGGCCUGAUCCAUCUUAAUAGACAGGAUUCAGAACUUCAAGCUUUAGAAACUGGCUUGGCGCUUCAGCAGCAAAUCUACGAGGCAGCUCGCAAACUCUCUGUGGAGGGGAAGCUCAGCAAACCACAGAAGAAGAGCCGGUUGCAGCAGUGCAAGAGGGAGGAGAAAAAGGUGAAGGACCUACAGGAGGCUGUGUUCCAGCACAGGAUCAAGAGCGAGUGCAACUCACCCUGCAUCCCAAUCUCAAGUAGCCAAAACAAAGAUCUGAACAUGUCUGAUGACAGUUCCCUGUCUGACGUCGUGGCCCUGGAUGAUGAUUUGGACUCGCCAAGUCCUCCCUCUCCUCCAGAGUCCAACUCUUCCUUCUCAGACCCCCCACGUCUGUCAGCAAAGACCCUUCAGUCAUCCCAGCAGUCAGUAAGCCAGCUCAGCGUUGAGUGCGAGCCCUCCCCCAUCCAGAACUCUCCGUGGAAAGAGUCCAGUCUGGAUCAGCCCUACCACAAGGUCACUAAACCUUUAUCUGCUCACAGCAGCAGGUCCAGCAGUCCGACUGGGACUCAGGUGUCUGCAGAGAGCUGCAGGAUUCCUCUCUCUCAGUUUGUGAGGAACUCAGCCCUGCGUCAAAACAACUCCACCAGCGCCCCCUCCACCCCUGAGCUGCACAUCCGCAGACAGUACUCCCAGUCCUUCAGACUCCCCAAAAGUAAGCUAUCAGGUGACAAAGAGCGCCUCAACUCAGAAAACAAUCGAGGGCGAGCCAGGCUGCCUCAGCGGUGCCGUGUGACUGACUACAUAGUGCGCUCUCCAGAGUACUCCCCCCUGCAGCCUUACCAGUCCAGCUCUGAGGACAGCAGCUCCGAGCACUCCUCCUCCUCCUACAUCAGCUCACCUGGCAGGGAUGGACCCACUGAGAUCCCAAAGCUCUGUCCGCCCCCAUACGGGUUCCACCUUGGAGCACAAAAGAAAGGACCCUCCAGCUCACAAAAGAACAACAACAACCAGUCUCAGUUCAGCCCUGGCUACAUUAGGCCUACAGCAGAGGAGGGCCCACUCUCUCCUCAAGACCUGGACAUGGGGAAGGUCUUUCUGUCUUCACCUCCUGUGGCACACAGCCCACAGCCAAGACAGUGGCAAGAGGGAGCAUUGUCCCCGAGGAGAAUCCUAAAGCCGCCGCCGCCUUACACCAGGCUGGUGCGAACACCCUCGCUGAAGGAGUACCCCAACCACGCUAUCAGGCUGAUGCCCAGGGAGAUCGUGUCGGAGGAGCUGAAGUCCUGGCAUCAGAGGAAUCAGCUGCAGAAGUUUCAGCCAAGCUGUGGCGAUCAGCUAAAUGUCCUGAGCCCCACCUCACCUCAUCUGCCUCAAUUCAAACAGGGUUCGGGUAAUGUGGUUCUCCAGAGAGCUGCAGACGGGACUCCAGUCCAGUGGUUCAUUGCAGAGGAUGCUGAAAUUGUGAGCCAGGUGUAGCUGACACCUCUCCCGCUCUGCGUCAUGUUCAGUAGGAUGUGUGUUGUUCUUUAAUAUUUAUCUCUGUAUUUAUUAAUGCUUUGGACUCUCUGUGAGAUACAUGUCGAUACAGAAAACGUGGACCUAUCAGUACCCUGAUAAGCCUAUUUCCCUCUUGUCUUUUAAUUUAAAACUUAAUGUAAGGUGUUACGCCAGUUUUAUUUAUUUAAUUUGUUUAAAUAGAUGUUUCUAAAGUUUCUGAGGUGAAUUGACAUUUAUACUAUUUCCUAAAUGUGUCAGGUGGAUCAAACUUGCUGUGGUUCUCUGUGUGGCUGGCACACUUUUUGCACAAUAUAAUCACCCACAGAUAUGCUUUUGAAAGGUUCCCUUUUUCUGAUAGAAUUAAAAAAAAUAUUUAACUAUAUUUAUCUGGUAAGGAAAUUCCCCUUGCAGUGCAUCGACUUAUACUAAAAUGUUACUAUGUCUUCCAAAAUGCAGUGCUCUUUUUUAAUAUAUGCUGUAAAAAUCUAACAUCUGUCUAACCUCGACGUGUAAGCUUAAUUUUAACGCUACUAUAAGCUUGUAAUGAUGCCUUUAUUGGUGGUUUGAUGAAUGUUUGAAAUGCAGUAUGGAGUUAUGACACUAACCCAGUGAUUGUAUCAGUUUUGAUAUGUUUUGUAUAUUUAUAAUAAAAAAGUACAACUGAAA